UUCCACUUGUUCCACAACUUCAUUACUCUCUCCUCUCAUACUUCCCUUUCUCCUUUGGUUUCAGUGCCUAUUUUGUUUUAUUUUCUUUUUCUCUUUAAUUUGUAUAUAUAACACUAAUAAUUCUCCACUUUUUUAUAACCAGCUACCACAUAUCUUGAAAAUCAAUCACCACUUCACAUCUUUAGAGAGAGAGAGAGUGAGAGAGAGAUGAUGUUGGCAAUGGAAGAAAUAUUGUGUGAACUGAAUAGAGAGGAUGAGAAUGGACAAGGUCUUCCACCUGGUUUUAGGUUUCAUCCUACUGAUGAAGAACUUAUCACUUUUUACUUAGCCUCUAAGGUUUUCAAUGGCUCUUUUUGUGGUAUUCAAAUUGCUGAAGUUGAUCUCAACAGAUGUGAGCCCUGGGAACUUCCAGAAGUGGCAAAGAUGGGGGAAAGAGAGUGGUAUUUCUUUAGCUUAAGGGACAGAAAGUAUCCAACCGGGUUAAGAACGAACCGGGCAACCGGAGCGGGUUACUGGAAAGCAACUGGGAAAGACAGGGAAGUGUACAGUGCAACUAACAAAGCACUCCUUGGCAUGAAGAAAACACUUGUUUUUUACAAAGGUAGAGCUCCAAGAGGUGAAAAAACCAAAUGGGUCAUGCAUGAAUAUCGUCUUGAUGGUGAUUUCUCCUAUCGUUACUCUUCUAAGGAGGAAUGGGUGAUAUGCAGAAUACUUCACAAGGUAGGGAUAGGGGAGAAGAAAAAUCCAAUAUUAUAUGAAGCUGGUGGUGGGUACCCCACUCUUAAAACAUGGUCAUCAGCAGCAGCCUCAACUUUUCAUAACACAGCUCUGAAUUCACCUUUAACACCAAAUCCAAAAACAAGCACAAAUAAUACAACAACAUUAUGGCAGAAGCAGCAAGCUGAGUCAUUGCAAAUAUUACACAACUCAUCAGCAGUGCAAUCACUGCAAAACCUUUAUCUAUUUCACCCCCAUGAAAACGACCUCCUCAAAUCUCUCUUUAUCAAUAGUAAUAACAAUAAUGUUUCCCAAACAAACCUCUUCCCAAUGAAUAAUAAUAAUGGUACUACUCCUACCAUAAAUAAUUCUGCUACUACCAAACAAGAUCAUGUAGACACAAACAAGAACUCAUCCAAUAUGCUCUUCAUCAAUCAACAACUUUGCACUUCGUCCGAGAAAAACGAAGCAGAGACGAUGAAAACAGAAGGAAACUAUUCUGGUUGCUACAUUAAUGAUCAAAAUGCUUAUGGGAUGAUGAACAUUUCAGAUUGGAGUAGUUUAGGGGGCAUGGAGGGAAUAUCAUGCAAUUUCAAUAAUAACGUCGUCAUGGACAAUUGUCCCAUCAAAAUUGCUGCAGAAUCUUGGCCUCUCAAUCUCUAGCCAGCUAUAUAUAUAGCUACAGUAGGAUGAUAUAUAGCUAGUAAUUAGUUAUAGUAUAUGACUAGUAUUCUUAUGUCAUCCCCCCCUCCUCUCUUCCUAUAUAUAUAUAUAAAGAUAGAGUUAGCCCUCUAGCUAUAUGUAAUUAAUUCAGGCUGCUCUAUUAUAUUCUGAAACCUGCAUGUUGCUUGUUUGCUCCUUAAGGUUUUCAUCAUUUAUAUAUGUGCUAAGAUAUUUUCUUUAAGUAUGAAUAUAUAUAACCUUGUCUAUUACUUGAUUAUAUUCUCCGUAUCAAUUUAUUUGUAAUAAGUUAGUUUGACGUAAGUUUUAAUACAUAAAAACAUGAAGAUCUAUUGACACGUGUUGCCUUUUUAAUCUUAAAUAUUCUAUUAUAUGACAUUUGUGAUAAUAUCAAAUAAAAUGAAUCGGAGGGUGUACAAUAUUUGAUAGCUGUUUUAAGCUAAUUAAUACUACCUUUAAAGUCGUUGUUCUUAGGUUAGUGUCAUGACUGGUGACUAGUGAUGCGAUGGAAGCUGUUGAAUGUCUUUUGAUGAUGUCAUUAAUUACAUUUACAUUUUUUAAGAAUGAUUGAUGAUGAAUGAUUAUACUAUGGGACCCGACCCGUCACUUCUGGUUUCUAAAUUCUGCAAAAAAAAAUGGGAGAUAGAGAAUUUUGUGAUGGAUCCAAUAUGAUCUGUAAUUAAUCCAUCAAGGCAACUAUGUUAAGCAUUACUUUCAUGUCACAAACUUAUUUGUUUUUAUGUUGCUUUGAAAUCAUGAAGAUUGGAUAUAGCUUGUUACUGAUUCAACAAGCAUGAUAGUUAGGUUGGGUAUAAAUUAUAAAAUGAAGUCAUACCAAUCCUUCUUCGGAUUUGACAAAAUGGCCUAAUAUUUGUCAAAAAUGGAUCAAAAUUUGAAACGUUGACGAUCAAAUCCUUCCAAAAGAAGUCGUCACCAACCCACUUGACUAUGAGGAGAGGAGAGGAGAAGAAAGAAAUGAUAAUGUUGAUCUAGCGGCAGGUGAAUCAAUCAUAUUCUUCAUCGAUCCAGCGGCAGGUGAAUCAAUCAGCCAUGUACCUACAAAUGAUAAUGUUGAUUGGGCUCUAACCCAAACGGUUAUUUGGGCCUUGUGCAUGGUAAGGCACACUAUUAACUAAAGGGCCCAUACAAGAGUCAUAAUCAUUCGUAGUAUGCAUUCAGCAAUUGUAAUGAAAGAAAAAAGAGUAUAACAGAAAGAUCACAUGUAUUAUCAGAAUUUUGAAUCUUGAAAGAAAAACAAACUUUUAUUUCAAUCCAAAGCCAAUAAGCA